GAGGAGGCUCAUCUCCAGCGCCGCGCUCUGCGAGCACAGCUGCCCCUCAUACACGCCGAGGCACACCGAAACGGCAGCCGCACCGCGCUGAGAACAACCAAGGGGUCAUCCGUCGUCGGUGCGGCGGCUGCCCAGACUACUUGGCCGAGGAGCUGAGAGCCACAUACACUUGGCUGGGAGAGCCACAUACACUUGGCUGGGAGAGCCACAGGACAAAUGCGCUUCGCCGGCGCGACGUUCGAGAAGGGCAAGCCGCGCGGGCGCCUCCACACCGAGGGCUACGCGACGCUGCACAACGCCGACGGCGGCCGCUGCCUCAUCGACCCCAAGCUGAUCCCCGUGUACACGCCCGGCCCGGCGUCGGUCUACGCCGUGUUCAACCUGCCGCGCGCGCGCACGCCGGGCCUGCCGUUCGGGCGGUCCACCGUCGAGCGCAUCGCCGACCCCCUCGCGCCGCCGCGGACGGCGCACCUCCAGAAGUCGACGUCCGAGCGGUACUGCGACGCGCACCCGCGCGACGACGACGAGUCGACGCUCUUCAAGGGCACGCUCAGCGGCUGGUCGGCCGUGCCCACGCGCGAGUCGGCGCCGGAGGCGCCCCGGCGGCCCUGGACCUACGGCGACGGGCGCCGCCGGAAGCCGCGCGUCAAGGACCACGGCUGCCUCUACAACCACUCGACGACGCGGCGCGGCCGGUCGCUGGCGCGGGGCUGGUCCGACAUCAACUCCGACUCGACGGUCAUGACGGCCUCGGUCGGGCCGCGGCCCUCGGCCCUCUUCACGACGUCCAAGAAGUACACGCCGCUCCAGUACGCCGUCGCGACGGACGCCAUCCCGCUGCGGCCGCCCGGCGCCGACAGCCCGGGGCCCUGCUACCUGCUCGAGCGCGGCGAGCUGCCGGACCCGCACUCCUACGCCGCGUCGCUGUCCGACGUGCCGCGCUGGCGCCACCGCGACGCGGCGCCGGAGCUGCGGUGCCCCACGCCGUCCGCGGCGCACUACGACCCCGACUACGCUCUGUGCCGCGACGCGCGCACGGAGAUGAAGCUCGCGUCGAGCGGCCGCCACCGCAUCGGCGGCGCCGACGAGCACCUGAAGUACGUCGAGUCGCCGGGGCCCGUGUACGGGCCGGACGACUCGAAGAAGAAGCGGUGGGGCGAGACGGCCUUCAAGGGCUGGCUCAAGAGCCACCACGCGAUGGCGCACCGCGGGCCGCGCUUCACGAGGCACCGGCGGAAACACGGCGCCGGGCCCCGCGAGCGGAACUUGGACUGGAUACACUAAGACCAAUUGUUACGGUG